CUUCGUGAUUGGGCCAUUGUUGCUGUUUGCUGUUUGUUGCUCUGCUUUCUGUGUUCGGGCGGCAUUCCUGAGAGGCGAUUUGCAUGCGCAGGCUCGUUGUAGAGCAGCAGCAGCGCUGAGGGUCUCGUCUAGGCUUAGUCUGCUUCUAUCCUUCGCUGCUGUCGCCUCUGCUUCAUCGUCGCCGUCUCUUCUCAGUGGUGCAUGAGUUAGGUACGGAUCGGGCGAUUGUGGAUCCGGACUCGUGUUCAACAAUAGGCUGGAUUCUCUUCUAUUGCGAUUGGCCAGUUCUUACAUGCAAUCGGGUCGGUAUUAAGAAAUGGCUGACGGUGAGGAAGUACAGCCCUUGGUGUGCGACAAUGGAACUGGAAUGGUCAAGGCUGGUUUCGCUGGAGACGAUGCUCCCCGCGCUGUUUUCCCCAGCAUUGUUGGGCGCCCCAGGCACACUGGAGUGAUGGUCGGUAUGGGACAGAAGGACGCGUAUGUGGGCGACGAGGCGCAAUCGAAGAGGGGCAUCCUGACUCUGAAGUACCCCAUCGAGCACGGUGUGGUGACGAACUGGGAUGACAUGGAGAAGAUCUGGCACCACACGUUCUACAACGAGCUGCGUGUGGCACCAGAGGAGCACCCGGUGCUGCUGACGGAGGCUCCGCUGAACCCGAAGGCGAACAGGGAGAAGAUGACGCAGAUCAUGUUCGAGACGUUCAACGUGCCGGCGAUGUACGUGGCCAUUCAGGCAGUGCUGUCACUAUAUGCCAGUGGACGAACGACCGGUAUCGUGCUGGACAGUGGAGAUGGUGUGACCCACACGGUGCCAAUCUACGAGGGUUACGCACUGCCUCACGCCAUAUUGCGAUUAGACUUGGCGGGUCGUGAUUUGACGGACGCCCUGACGAAGAUUCUGACGGAGCGUGGUUACUCGUUUACGACGACCGCGGAGCGCGAGAUUGUGCGGGACAUGAAGGAGAAGCUGGCGUACGUGGCGAUCGAUUUCGAGCAGGAGCUGGACACAGCACGGAGCAGCUCGUCGCUGGAGAAGAGCUACGAGUUGCCGGACGGGCAGGUGAUCACGAUCGGGGCGGAGCGGUUCAGGUGUCCGGAGGUGUUGUUCAACCCGUCGUUGAUCGGGAUGGAAGCAGCGGGAAUUCACGAGACGACAUACAACUCGAUCAUGAAGUGCGAUGUGGAUAUCCGAAAGGACUUGUACGGGAACAUCGUGUUGUCGGGAGGGUCGACGAUGUUCCCAGGGAUUGCGGAUCGCAUGAGCAAGGAGAUCACAGCAUUGGCACCAUCGAGCAUGAAGAUAAAGGUGGUGGCGCCGCCAGAGAGGAAGUACAGUGUAUGGAUAGGAGGGUCUAUUUUGGCAUCUCUCAGUACCUUCCAACAGAUGUGGAUUGCGAAGUCGGAGUACGAUGAGUCAGGUCCAUCAAUUGUGCACAGGAAGUGUUUCUAGAGCAGUGCGACACAUCUUUUGCUUUUUUCAGCACGUCUCUUAGCUCGGCUUAUUGAACUUCGAUUGCUAACGUUUGUGGCCACCGAAUUAGGCCUGCUAGCGUAGAUCAAUUAGAGGUCCAUGUUGCAGAAAGCUUUUGUUUGUAAAAAUAGCUGAUAUCUGGACGCAUACGACUGGCUGAUAUAAUUCAGUGCCAUUCACAUUAUUUGUUAACAGGUCCAGGGUUGUUUGUAGAGUCGGACAGCAUUUCUCGUCGGAAUGUUGGCGCCGUUUUGUGAAAUGAAAGGUGAUUAUGGGUAAAAUGCAUACAUAGUCCUGUUGACUAUGGCUGAGUGGAUAAGAUAUAUUUCCAUCACAGGUUAGAUUUCCUGCGGAGUGUGAACUGUGACGUAAAAUCACAGAGUGCGUCGUCUUAGCCCUAGCCCCCGAAUCAUCCUUUACGAUGGAUGCAUGUUCGGAUGUUAUAAUUUGAUUUUUUUUUUUUUUCGUUGUU